AUGAAGAUAGCCAUCGGUGUAUUUUUGACUGUCGUGGGCGUUGCUUUGGCAGCCCCUGCAAGCAAUGGAGUUGCCAACUCUGUUGUCACUUCGAAGGCUAGCAAAAUAAACGUUGGCGAGGGUGUAAAUUUAGCCGCAGCCAAUGCCGAUGGCAAAUCCAACUCCAACACAAUCGGAGUAGGCAGAGGCGUUCAGCUGGCUCUAUCCAACUCGGACAAUAAAGCCCUUGCCAAUGCCGUUGGUAUCGGCAGAGGCGCAAACGUGGCCGAUGCUCGAUCCAAGGGCAGAAAUCUCGCCAACGCGGCCGGCGUCGGCCGGGGCGUCCAUCAAGUGCCUAUUGGGAUAACCUCGGACAAAGCCACGGCCAAUGCCAUUGGCAUAGGUGAAGGCGUGAACGUUGCAAGAUCCAGAAGCAACGGUAAAACCAAUGCCAACGCAGCCGGAGUAGGUAGGGGCUCGAACACCGUGAUCGGUGCCACCGUAGGCAAAUCCACGGCCAACGCCAUCGGUGUUGGACAAGUUACCAACAUAGCCGAUGCCAUCUCCAAGGGCCAAACUAACUCCGAAGCCAUCGGUAUCGGCAAGGGUGUCCAAGCUGUCAAUGCCAUUACCAAUGAGGAAGCUAAUGCCAAUGCGCUCAAUGUGGGCGACGGCGCCAAUAUUGCCAACGCCAAGGCUGACGGUCUUUCCAAUUCUAAAGUAGUCAGCGUUGGCACCGGUGGACCUCAAGUGUCCAAUUCCAUCAGCAACGUCAAGUCCAAAGCUGUCGCGGUUGGAACAGGAGACGGGCCCAGCAUAGCUAAUGCCUCGAGUAGAGCAGUCGCCAAUUCUAUUAACAUCGAUGGCUUGCCACAAUAA